AUGACAGCUGAAGUGCCUGACCCACAGGGCCUAGGCGAUGCCCCGCUGUCGAGUGUCUCGGAUGACUCUAUGACACAUCCAUCGUUCGAUACGAGUGCGUCAUUGCUCCAGCAAGAUCAGCAGGAACAACAGAUGCAGCAUAGCAACGAGCCAUCAGACGCUGCGAGUCAUAUGUCGGCAUCGUUACCACUUACGCCUCAGACACAACGUACGUCCGACAAGCAGGGCGAGCUAGGUGAACGUGGUGCAUCGUCGUCGCCUCCCAGUUUUGCUCUGUCAACGCAUUCCGCGCCGACACCGCGUCGUGGUCGUCGCGUUCGAUACGUCCGAUCACGCGAGCCGCCCAACACGCCGCCCGCGCCUCUGACGUCUGCCUACUCUUCUCGACUCCAGCGUGAGCAAGUGGACAGGAUCGUUGCCAUGUGUCAUGAUGUAAGUAUGGGUCGCAUCAAGCGCAUGGCGCCCGUGCAUGCAGAGACGACGCGAGCCAUCGCAACAAAGGAGCGUGUGUGCAUGGAGCUGCGCGAGGAACUUGCGCGUGAAGAGGCCCAAUUGGAAGAGCUUCGCUCUGCUUGGAAGCGCAUGACACAGCGCAUUGGAUCACACGCGCCUUCACCUCGAUUGCCGCCGCAGCUGCGCCACAGCACACCUUCUCAAACUCAGUCACGUCGGCGGUCCAUGGCGCACAGCCCCAGUCAUCAACCAUCGCCUGCAUCAGGAACACCUACGCGAUCUCACAUGCCGCCUGCCCACGAGGCUAUGCGGGAAUCAUCUGGGCCCUCGACGGACCACCCACCGUCAAGAACGACAUCAGUCUCGGCACCACAAGCUGAGGCAUCUCUGCUCGCAUCGUCCUCGGCGUCUGGGCCCGACACCUCUUUCAAGUCAUCUGACUCGGCAUGGUCGGACCUUCGCCGCAUACCUACGCAUUUGUCGAAUCAGUUGCAUGCUGUGAUGGAUCAACUCUCUUUGACCGCAGACGAAGAUACGUCUUUGGGAUCAUCGCCGUCGCAUGAUCGUACACAGCGUGCCGGAGCGAACCUCAAGCCAGACACGACGGCGGGUGCUGCAGAAGCAGCGGCAUCGCCGAGGAUGUCUCUUUCGUCGCUCCCUCAGUCGCUUGACGAGCUUUCAUCGGACAUGCUUCGCGACAAACUUUCCAGUGGAUGGCAUGUUUUGUCUCAGAGGCUGCGUGAUACGACAGCAUCCCUCAAAGACAUGUCAGCGUGGAUACCUGAGGACAUGCCGCCUCUCACAAGUCGCAGUAGCCGUGCGUCCCUGCCUGUGUCUAUGGACGAGAAUGCAUUCAGUGGGCUCACGUCCAACCUAGAGUCCAUGUCAAUGAGCCCUCUGAAGUCAGAUCCGCGCCGUGCAUCCACUAUGACAACCAUCCCACCUGUGACAUCGCCACGCCAGAACAUAAUUCCGUUGCCGUCGGAAACUCAGCGAAACUUGGCUGCUCAGCACAAAGCUUCAUUAGCACGUUUAUCCUCGACCACGUCGUCGCCGCAAAGAAGCGCGCGCUCAAGUCACGAGAAAUCACUUCCUUCGCUGCCGCCAGAAGGUCAGAGCGAACAGGCACCACAAGUCAUGUACGGCCAUGCAUACGACUCAGACUUGGGUUUGCAGAAUAUACCCCAAAACCAGCCACCCCACCCCUUGGAAUGA